GCGUAACAACAGUUCCGUAACACCGUUAGGGUACCCCGCGUACAAUAACAGAUCACAUUCCUGGCUGCAAAACAGAGUAUCAUCAAAUCUUUGUAAUACAAUAGCCCGAUCUGCCGGCCCGUGUUUUAGCCAUUUGCAGACUAAGAAAUGGGUAUUUGUGCAAGCAAAGACAAAGAUUCAAAAGGGCAGCAAAAUGGGUAUACUAGACCAGAAAAUGAGCAAAAUCAAUCGAAGGGAUCAUCAGCAGGCGAGCAAAACCAACAGUAUCCGCAGCAGCCGCCACCAGAAAGACCGGUGGCGCAACCGCCUGUUCGAGUCCCAAGCCCAGUAAAACCAGCCCCAAGGACUGAUCCCAACACAAUUGUGGGAAAACCCUUUGAAGAUGUGAAGUUGCACUACACAUUGGGGAAAGAAUUGGGUAGGGGUCAAUUUGGGGUAACCUAUCUUUGUGUUGAUAAGAAAACAGGUCAACAAUAUGCUUGCAAAUCAAUCUCUAAGAAGAAGCUUGUUACCAGGGCUGAUAAGGAGGAUAUGAAGAGAGAGAUUCUGAUCAUGCAACAUAUGAGUGGUCAGCCUAACAUUGUGGAGUUUAAGGGGGCUUAUGAAGACAAGACAUCGGUCAAUCUUGUCAUGGAGUUGUGUGCUGGUGGAGAGUUGUUUGACAGGAUUAUUGCUAAAGGCCAUUACAGUGAGAAAGCUGCUGCUACCAUUUUGAGGCAGAUUGUUAAUGUUGUUCAUGUUUGUCAUUUCAUGGGUGUUAUGCAUAGGGAUUUGAAGCCUGAGAAUUUCUUGCUAUCUAGUAAGGAUGAGAAUGCUGCUUUGAAAGCUACUGAUUUUGGGCUUUCCGUGUUUAUUGAAGAAGGUAAAGUUUAUCGGGAUAUAGUAGGUAGUGCUUACUACGUUGCUCCUGAGGUGUUACGUCGUCGGUAUGGUAAGGAGAUUGACAUUUGGAGUGCCGGAGUCAUGCUGUACAUUUUACUCAGUGGAGUUCCACCCUUUUGGGCUGAAACGGAGAAAGGGAUAUUUGAUGCUAUACUGCAAGGACAUAUUGAUUUUGAAAGUAAGCCGUGGCCAUCAAUCUCAAACGGUGCCAAGGACCUAGUGAAGAAGAUGUUGACACCAGAUCCUAAAAAAAGAGUAACUGCUGCUCAAGUUCUUGAUCAUCCAUGGCUCAAGGAUGGUGAAGCCUCAGACAAGCCAAUAGAUGGCGCUGUUCUCUCCAGGAUGAAGCAAUUCAGAGUCAUGAACAAGCUCAAGCAGCUCGCGCUGAAGGUCAUUGCUGAGAAUCUUCCUGCAGAAGAGAUCCAAGGGCUGAAACAGAUGUUUGCAAACAUGGACACUGAUGGCAGUGGGACAAUCACCUACGAAGAGUUGAAGGAGGGAUUGGCUCGACUUGGAUCUAAGCUUUCUGAAACUGAAGUGAAGGCACUAAUGGAAGCUGCUGAUCAAGAUGGAAGUGGAUCAAUAGAUUACAUCGAGUUCAUCACAGCCACGAUGCAUAGGUACAGGCUCGAGAGAGAUGACCAACUUUACAAAGCAUUCCAGUUCUUCGACAAAGAUAAUAGUGGAUUCAUCACCACAGAUGAGCUGGAAGCAGCAAUGAGAGAGUAUGGGAUUGCUGAUGAGAACUGCAUCAAAGAUAUAUUGGUGGAAGUAGACACUGACAACGAUGGGAGAAUAAAUUUUGAUGAGUUUGUUGCAAUGAUGAGAAGUGGUACCCAGAAUCCAGGGGCUAAACUCAUUUGAUGGUACUUAUUAUCCAGCAUGAUCGUUCCAGCUUUCUACAACAAGGUGAUGUUCAAGGGACCGUGUUAGUUAGAAAGACAUGGUAGUUCUGUAGAUCAAACGACUAAGUCGAAUGAGACCCACCAUUGGGACAUGACAUGGGGUUGAGUUUUUUUUGUAAAAAGUUUGUGCAUACACGAAAUCCCUUUGGACUUGGGAGUGAUGUUUUUUUUUUCAAAUUUGAGUUGGGAAUUUUUUGACAUGUUUGGAGAUUUAUGUAUUGGCUCUUAGAGAAACUAAUAGCUCUCGGUUGUGUCACUUGCUGUUUUAGCUGUUGAGCGACAAAAUAUCACUAGGAGAGAUAUGUACUUUGUAUGUGUUUGCUGCAAAACCUCUCAGAGAAUCCAUUUGUAAGCUAUCUAUUAAUCAAAUACUUUUUCACAA